AUGCUUCAACUACCUGUGCGAGAAUAUAACAGCGCGGCUUCCGGUGGAAGUACGAAGGCUAUAAUCCUGGUUGGCGGCCCCUCCAGAGGAACUCGUUUCCGACCUCUGUCUCUCGAUGUCCCCAAGCCCCUGUUUGAAGUGGCUGGCCACCCAAUUAUCCACCACUGCCUCAAGGCCCUCGCGAAGAUCCCCGAGCUCCACGAAGUUAUCCUGAUCGGCUACUACGAUGAGACCGUUUUCCGCGAUUUUAUCAAAGACUCCUCGAAAGAGUUCCCCCAAUUCCGCAUUUCAUACCUUCGAGAAUACACGGCGCUAGGUACCGCCGGUGGUCUGUACCAUUUCCGCGACCCCAUCCUCAAAGGAAAGCCGGAGCGCAUCUUCGUGCUCAAUGCGGAUGUUUGCUGUUCGUUUCCUCUGGGUGAGAUGCUGAGGUUGUUUGAGGAGAAGGAUGCUGAAGCUGUCAUUCUGGGAACUCGGGUUCACAACGACGCAGCUACAAACUUUGGAUGCAUCGUAUCCGACUCUCACACCAAGCGUGUUCUUCACUACGUCGAGAAACCGGAAUCCCACAUCUCGAAUCUAAUCAACUGCGGAGUGUACCUCUUUGCAACAGAAUGCAUUUUCCCCUCCAUUCGCAGCACCAUCAAGCGCCGGACUACUCGCCCUCGUCUGUUAUCCUAUCCUUCUUCUGACAACUUGGAAUCUUCGUUUAUCGCCGACGAUGAUUCAGAGCAAACCGAGGUUUUGCGUCUGGAGCAGGAUAUCCUCUCCGAUCUCGCUGACAGCAACCGUUUCUUUGUCCACGAGACGAAAGAUUUCUGGCGGCAGAUCAAGACCGCCGGAUCUGCUGUUCCGGCUAACGCUCUCUACCUCCAGAAAGCUUUCCAGGCGCAGUCCGAGGAGCUCGCUGCUCCCUCGGCUACCAUCGUUCCUCCCGUCUUUAUCCAUCCCACCGCAAGCGUAGACCCAACGGCAAAGCUCGGUCCUAAUGUGUCAAUUGGACCUCGCGCUGUUGUGGGUGCUGGAGCUCGUGUCAAGGAUUCAAUUGUUCUGGAAGAUGCAGAAAUCAAGCAUGAUGCAUGCGUCAUGCACUCGAUUAUUGGCUGGAGUGGGCGAGUCGGUGCCUGGGCUCGUGUGGAGGGAACGCCCAUUCCCAAUGGAAGCCACUCCACUAGCAUCAUCAAGAAUGGUGUCAAGGUGCAGAGCAUCACCAUCCUCGGAAAGGAGUGCGGUGUAGGUGAUGAGGUACGCGUGCAAAACUGUGUAUGCUUGCCGUACAAGGAGCUCAAGCGCGAUGUUGCCAACGAGGUCAUUAUGUAG